CGUGGGCGCGGGCGCGAGCGCGCUCGGGGGGCCUUGGCGAUCUCUCGAUAAGCCACCUAGAGGCGACUCGGGGUGCGCGCGCUCGGCGGCGGCGCCCUGCCGCCCGCCCUCCCUCGGAUCACGUUGACAUAUUCGCGGGACGGGCAGUAGUACCGAUGCGGCGCGGCGACGCUACAGUUUCCGACACCUUCUUUUUAUAACUCGGCUCUAUCCCCCAGCACUCGACCUGUGAAAACCACGCCUAUGCAGCGACACAAUUGGUCCGAAAGCGUCAAAGAGCCAAUCAAGAGGCCUCCGGCUCCCCACGGCCCACCGCGCAGCCCGACCUUCUAGAGCCGCCGAGCAGACGCCCCGGGGAGUCCCAGAGGCCGAGCAGGGAGGCGAGCACAGCUCCGCUCGCGUUCUCUCGCGCCCUUCCUCUCCUCGCUCGCCGCGUCUCUCUCGCUCGCUCUCUCUUCUCUCUCUCUCUCUCUUCCUCCUUUCCCAAUUCCCCCCCAACCUCCUACACUCCUCUAAAUCCUGCCCAGCCUGCGCGCCCGGACGCAGGUUUAGGAAGCGAAAUCGCUCCCCAUUUAGGACAAGGAAGAAAGGCCCGGCAGGAAAAAAGUACAGCAAGAUUCGGACUGCAACCGAGACAGCCUGCGGAGGAAGGCUCGCGGCAGAGCGAGGAGGAGAGAGGGCGAGCCGGAGCCAGUUUGCAGUCCAAGUUUUUUGAUAGCGCUGGUAGCGGAGGGGUGGGGGUGGCGUUUCCAUCAGAUUUAAUUUUUUUUUUUCGCGCCCCAGGAGAGACUUUUGCAGCUCGCUAGCUCGGGGCUGGUGCAACUGCAGGCGCCCCCCCCCCCCAACCAGAGAGACAGAGGAAUAAGGGGGCGAGGGAGAAGGUAUAACUUGCUCCUAGAAGCACCGACUGCCUUGGCAACAAAGGAUCGGGGGGUUCCGGGGCCAGACGCCUGGGACCGAGGGUUGGAGCGAGUGCGCGGCCGCGGCGGCGAGGCUCGGGCGCCAGCACCGACGCUGCCCGCGCCUCCGGCUCCCGCAGCCGGCCGGCCAGAGCGGCGUUGGACCCGCGGGAAGCCGGGGCGGUCCCGCUGGCGAUUAUGUCUCCCACUCGCUCUCCUUGUCCUCUGUAACGGCGGCGCUCCAGCUCGCUCCACCCGCCUCGCUCUUUGAAGUCAUUUCUUCUUCUUUUUUUGCUUUUUGUCCUUUAAAAAAAACUACAAAAACUAUGUGCAGCUGUUAAAACGACAAAACAAAACAAGCCCACCAGAGCAAAGCACAGCGGCCGCGGACUUGCCCCCGCCCGGAGUGCAUGAACCUCUCCAUGAGAGAUCCGGUGAUUCCUGGGACGAGCAUGGCCUACCAUCCCUUCCUACCUCACCGGGCGCCGGACUUCGCCAUGAGCGCGGUGCUGGGACACCAGCCGCCCUUCUUCCCCGCGCUGACGCUGCCUCCCAACGGCGCCGCGGCGCUCUCACUGCCUGGCGCGCUGGCCAAGCCGAUCAUGGAUCAGUUGGUGGGGGCUGCCGAGACCGGCCUCCCGUUCUCGUCCCUGGGGCCUCAGGCGCAUCUGAGGCCUCUGAAGACUAUGGAGCCCGAAGAGGAGGUGGAAGACGAUCCUAAGGUGCACCUGGAGGCCAAGGAACUUUGGGACCAGUUCCACAAGCGGGGCACAGAGAUGGUCAUUACCAAGUCUGGAAGGCGAAUGUUCCCUCCUUUUAAAGUGAGAUGUUCUGGGCUCGAUAAAAAAGCGAAAUAUAUUUUAUUGAUGGACAUUAUCGCCGCGGAUGACUGCCGGUAUAAAUUCCACAAUUCGCGGUGGAUGGUGGCUGGCAAGGCUGACCCUGAAAUGCCCAAAAGGAUGUAUAUUCAUCCAGAUAGCCCUGCCACUGGGGAGCAAUGGAUGUCCAAAGUGGUCACUUUCCACAAACUGAAACUCACCAACAACAUUUCGGACAAACACGGAUUUACUUUGGCCUUCCCAAGUGAUCACGCAACGUGGCAGGGGAAUUAUAGUUUUGGUACUCAGACCAUACUGAACUCCAUGCACAAAUAUCAACCACGAUUCCACAUCGUCCGAGCCAAUGACAUCCUGAAACUCCCUUAUAGUACAUUUCGGACUUACUUGUUUCCCGAAACAGAGUUCAUCGCCGUGACUGCAUACCAGAACGAUAAGAUAACUCAGUUAAAAAUAGACAACAACCCUUUUGCAAAAGGCUUCCGGGACACUGGAAAUGGCAGAAGAGAAAAAAGAAAGCAGCUGACCCUACAGUCCAUGCGGGUGUUUGAUGAGAGACACAAAAAGGACAAUGGCACCUCGGACGAGUCCUCCAGCGAACAGGCCGCCUUCAGCUGCUUCGCCCAAGCCUCCUCGCCGGCAGUCUCCACAGUAGGGACUUCAAACCUCAAAGAUCUGUGUCCCAGCGAGGGCGAGAGCGACACCGAGAGCCGGGAGGAACACGGCCUGGAGGCUUGCGACGCGGCCAAGAUCUCCACCACCACGUCGGAGGAGCCGUGCCGCGAAAAGGGCAGUCCCGCGGUCAAGACGCACCUCUUCUCCGCCGCCGAGCACGGCGGCCGUUCCCGGGACAGCGGACGGCCCGACAAGGCGUCGCCUGAUUCGCGCCACAGCCCAGCCACCAUCUCAUCCAGCACCCGCGGCCUGGGCACGGAGGAGCGCCGGAGCCCGGGCCGCGAGGGCGCAUCCACGUCCAAGGUGGAGGAGGCGCGCGUGCCGCCGCCGCCGCCGCCGGGGAAGGAGGCUUUCGCGCCGCUCACGGUACAGACGGACGCGGCUGCAGCGCACCUGGCCCAGGGCCCGCUGCCUGGCCUCGGCUUCGCUCCGGGCCUAGCCGGCCAGCAGUUCUUCAAUGGGCAUCCUCUCUUCCUGCAUCCCGGCCAGUUCGCCAUGGGGGGUGCCUUUUCCAGCAUGGCGGCCGGCAUGGGGCCCCUGCUGGCCACCGUGUCUGGGGCCUCCACCGGCGUGUCAGGCCUGGAUUCCACCGGCAUGGCGUCUGCGGCGGCGCAGGGACUGUCGGGGGCAUCGGCGGCCACCCUGCCUUUCCACCUUCAGCAACACGUCUUGGCUUCACAGGGCCUGGCCAUGUCGCCAUUCGGAAGCCUGUUCCCUUACCCCUACACGUACAUGGCCGCGGCCGCUGCCGCCUCCUCAGCAGCUGCCUCCAGCUCCGUGCACCGUCAUCCCUUUCUCAACUUGAACAGCAUGCGCCCGCGGCUGCGCUACAGCCCCUACUCCAUCCCGGUGCCAGUCCCAGACGGCAGUAGCCUGCUCACUUCGGCGCUGCCCUCCAUGGCCGCGGCCGCGGGGCCCCUGGACGCCAAAGCCGCCGCCCUGGCCGCCAGCCCGGCUUCGGGGGCUGUGGAUUCGGGCUCGGAACUCAACAGCCGCUCCUCCACGCUGUCCUCCGGCUCCGUGUCCUUGUCGCCCAAACUCUGCUCUGAGAAAGAGGCGGCCACCAGCGAACUUCAGAGCAUCCAGAGGCUGGUUAGCGGCUUGGAGGCCAAGCCUGACAGGUCCCGCAGCGCGUCCCCCUAGACCCCCAACCUCCCUCCGAGAUGUCUUUUCAUUCCAGUCCAGACCAGGCCACGUGCACUUUGUGGGACGUGCUGGGAGCCAGCGGGCGGUCAGCAGUGGCGAAGGGUGCCAGACUCCCAGGCUGAAACCUUCCAGAGCCUGCCCACCCCCUGGGUUUCUUGGCGAGCCCCAGAAUGGGGGUGGGGGCUCAGGCACACCUGCCUGUUGAGGGUUGGGGGUGAGAACGUAUGUCCAAAGGACCCUCCAGCCAGGCUGACCUGGGCGCUGUCGCUGGAGGAGAAGGCUACCGAGCCAGUUGGGAGGGAGGGAGGGAGGAGGCUCUGGCGUGUCCUUCCUCCGAAUGAAUGGUUUUAUUAUAUAUUUUUUUCUUUCGCUGUGUCAAGUGGAAACAAAAGCAGGUGUUUUGUUUUUUUUUUUUUUGAAAUGAGGACAAAUGAAUCCAAGAACAUGAUGGUGUUUGUGAAAAUGAGAAGCUUUAGAGUGAUGUUCGCAAGAAAUCGCUCAGCAAAGCGCCUCCCGCCUGAAGAGACUAUUGCCAUCCUAGUUUAGUCUGUAGUAAGGAAAUUCGUGUCUUUUUAAUAUUCCUGUGAUGUUCUAAGAGCCGCCCUAGGUCUCUCGCAUGUUCCACAGUCCUGUAUUCGUGGUUUUUAUUUUGAACGCUGAGCUUUUAGGGAGAAAAAAAAUCUCAUCUCUUCCCACCCCCAAAUCCUGUGUGCCGCCCCCCUCACCCCCUCAGUCAUCAGCUCCCAGGAAGGAGGACUUGAAGGGCCGGGGUGGGGACAACAGAAAAACAUGAAUUUCUUUUAGCCAGUGACUCUCUGUAGCAGGAUUCUUGUGUUUCUUGCCAGUUUUCCCCCCUUUUUCCUGUAUACGCAAUAACAAGGUUUUAAAAAAAAUGAAUAAAGAAGACGCGAGACUAUUAGACAAAGUAUUUAUGUAAUUAUUUGAUAACUCCUGUACAUAGGUGGAAUAUGAAUGCUUGGAAAAUUAAAAACUUUAAUUUAUUGACAUUGUACAUAGCUCUGUGUAAAUAAGGCCUGUGAGGUUGUGUUUCCAUGCCCCAGAUACUCCUGGUGGGUUUUCUCUCUGGAUCAGAUAUGGCUUUGUGUGGGAGAACCCAGCACGCCUUCCCACUUACCAUUUGCAACAUUGUUUCUUUAAACAAGAGUGUACCCGGAGAGAGUGCUAUUUCUUCUGUUAGCCAAAAUCCGGGAGUGGGGGGCAGCCACUCCCUGGUGCCUGAAAACAACACCCCAAAGGGGUUCUCCAAUUGCUGUAGUGGGUAGAAGAGCCUGCCUUGACUUUUUUUUCCCCUUUUGUAUUUCUAUUUGCUAGUCUCUGAUUGCCCCAAAACAAAGUGGGAUUUACUGCUGUUGUCAACCUCGGUGGUGUACUCUGAGCUAGCCCCUCCCAGAGCUAUAUUCAACAGUUCCCGUCAGGUGCUGAGAGCUGGCGCAAAGAGCCAGUUGCGAAGGUAUAUUUUGUGUUCUAGUUGUUGAUGAGUUCUUUGGUUUUCUGUAUUUUUCCCCUCCUCUCUUUAAAACAUCACUGAAGUUUCAAUAAAUUUUUAUUGAAAUGUC